GCUCCUCCCGCGGCACGGGCGGAGGCAGGAAAUCCCGGGCAGCUGCCUGGGAGCCUCCUCGCCUUUCCUCGCCUCGGCACCGGGGCGAGCCGAGCCAGCCCUGCGUGUGUGUGCACGCGUAGGCGGGGGGGCUGCCGCAUGGAUUCGGCGAAGGCUGGGAGGGAACACAUGGGUUGGGGUUUUUCCCUUGGCCCGCGGUGGGUGUCCGUCCGUACUGCCAGCCGCGGUCAUGGAUUCGAUCAUUAUUCAGGAGCGGUUAGUGGAGCGGCUGCUGUCUCCCCGGACGCAGGCACAGCGAAGCCACCCGGGCAAGCUGAAGGUACAGGGAUGUAUUUAUAGCACUGCGCGAGCCGGGGAGCAGCGGGGACAGGAGGGGGGAGGAUGGUGCCCGAGAAGACGCGCGCAGCACAAGAUGAGACCUCUGAGGAGCAGAGGAGCGGAAAGACGCCGGACCAUGAGAAGCAGUACGUGGGCUUUGCCACUCUGCCGAACCAGGUGCACCGGAAAUCCGUGAAGAAGGGUUUCGACUUCACCCUGAUGGUUGCAGGAGAGUCGGGUCUGGGCAAAUCCACGCUGGUGAAUAGCCUGUUCCUGACAGACCUCUACAAAGACAGAAAACUCCUCAAUGCAGAGGAGAGGAUCAACCAGACAGUGGAGAUCAUCAAGCACACAGUGGACAUUGAAGAGAAAGGUGUCAAACUGAAGCUGACUAUAGUGGACACACCAGGCUUUGGAGAUGCUGUUAACAACACUGAGUGCUGGAAGCCCAUCACCGACUACAUUGACCAGCAGUUUGAGCAGUAUUUCCGUGAUGAGAGUGGCCUGAACCGGAAGAACAUCCAGGACAACCGAGUGCAUUGCUGCCUCUACUUCAUCUCUCCCUUUGGGCAUGGGCUGAGGCCUGUGGAUGUUGAGUUCAUGAAGGCUCUGCAUGAGAAGGUCAACAUUGUGCCCCUGAUUGCCAAAGCCGACUGCCUGAUCCCCUCUGAGAUCCGGAAGCUAAAAGAGAGGAUCCGGGAAGAGAUUGACAAAUUUGGCAUUAAAGUGUACCAGUUUCCUGAGUGUGAUUCUGAUGAAGAUGAGGAGUUCAAGCAGCAGGACAGAGAGUUGAAGGAGAGUGCUCCCUUCGCUGUCAUUGGCAGCAACACUGUGGUGGAGGCCAAAGGCCAGCGGGUCCGUGGGCGGCUCUACCCCUGGGGCAUUGUGGAAGUGGAAAACCAGGCCCACUGUGACUUCGUGAAGCUGCGGAACAUGCUGAUCCGGACACACAUGCACGACCUGAAGGAUGUCACUUGUGAUGUCCACUAUGAGAACUAUCGAGCUCAGUGCAUCCAGCAAAUGACCAGCAAGCUGACUCAGGACAACAGGAUAGAAAGCCCCAUUCCUAUCCUGCCUCUCCCAACACCAGACACUGAGACAGAGAAGCUGAUUAAAAUGAAGGAUGAGGAGUUGCGGCGGAUGCAAGAGAUGCUGCAGAAGAUGCAGCAGCAGAUGCAGGAUCAGUGAGAAGCAGGUACCCGGAGCGCAGAGGGGAUCCCCCAGCGACCAUCUGAGACCUGGCAAGAGCUGUGAACGUUUAGAAAAGGUUUCCUGUUGUAUAGAGACUUGUGGGCAAGAGCUGCACCCGCACCCUCUAAUUUAUUAGCAGCAGUGCUGGCUUUUCAAACCAGCUGGAUUGUGGAGAAGGCUGUUCAUUUAACAGUUUACUGAUGUGUAUUUCUUUUUUAAUAAUUAUUCUUUAAUUUCUUUUUUUUUUUCCUUUUUUUUUUUAAAGAAACUAGCCUGGGACAUCUCUAAGGCAUCCUAAAAAAAUAAGAAAAGAAAAAGAUCCCCCUUUCCUAUGUACUAAUCUCUUGUUUAGGAAUGCUCUGGUAUUUAAAGUCCUCUGGUAUUUAAAGUUUCUCUGGUGUACAAACUAAGAGUGUCUGUGUCAAUGCACGUAAGUGUUUACUCCCAACUGAGGUGCUGUGCCCCUGUCCCUGUUCCCCUUGUCUGGGGCCAGCACAAGCAUUUUAAAGGAGCCAUAUCCUCCUGUGAGUUUCACCUGUGCUGCUUGGGCUUCUCAGCCUGGGUACAGUACUGGCCCAGGGAACUGGGGCUAGGAGUUUCUCUGUGCACUGACCUGCUCAGGAGUCCUGAUGAGCCUGGAGCCUGGUAUCCUGUCCAGGUUUUUAUGGGUUUUUUGUUUAGUUGGUUGGUUUUGUUCUUCCUAUCAAGAAAACUCCAGGAUGUUUGCACUGAAUAGCAAGAGACUGAGUGCCUCAAAGGCUGGUUAGAAGAAAACUGUUCUCAGUUACAUCUUUCUAGCAGAGAGGUUGAGUUGUUGGCUGUUGCCUGCAAGGAGGUGAUGGGAGUGAGCACCUUCCUUGCCAUGGUUUCCUCUCACAGCAGGCUGGAGGCAUUGGUAGAGGAGCCCCAAGGCCCUGCAGUAGCUGGGUGAGGGUGUUGCAUUAUUUAGUUCUGGUCAUCAGCUGCAGUGUGUCUUCAGUGUCUGCUCUGAAAAGCACUGUGGCAUUCAGAGCACUCGGCCAAGACUGCUUUGGAGGGGGUAUAAACCCUAGGGUUGAAAUCCAGCCCCAAAUACAGACCUGUCCCCUACCCCCAGGCUUUGCAGUCCCAUGAGCACAUUGUUGUCUCCAAGCUUCUCCUGAGGGAAGGGGAAGUUUUUGUAGGCUUGUAUCUGAGCUCUGCAGGCAGUUUGUGUGGGCAGGUGUUGGAUCAGCCUGGCAGGUGCAGGACUGUCAUUGAGUGGGGCUGAGCACAGCCCAGCAGGCUUGGCUCCUGCUCCCCUGCCCUUCUCCCCCCUCCUUAUUCCUUGGCUUUUCCUGCCCUAGUGCUGGGAAGGCUGAUGGGUCUGCUGGGCAGAGAUAAAAGCACUCUUUGGGCAGCAGCUCCUGUCCUGUUUUUGCUUCCUGCAGUAUUUUUAACUUGAGUCCAGCCAGAGCAGAGCCCUGGAGUGUGAUGUGCCUGAUAGGGCAAGGCCCACCAGCAACACUGCCAUGCUCACAGGAGUUAGGGCUCUUGCAGGGAGAGACACUUGGCCCUUCCCUCUGACUCCAGAGAGUGCAGCCAUGGGCUGGGCCCUUCUGCUCCUUGGAUGACUCCUCUGUCCCCUUUCCCCUUUUGUAUCUGAUCCUCCAUCUCUGUCUCUCCCCAGUAGAUCUCCCUGGGUAGGAAGCACAGUGUUGGCCAAGAAUAGCCAGGCUCUAGGUUCUGUUACUAGGCACUGCAUUUGUCUGAUUCCUCCCUGGGGCUUUAGAGUCCUGGUCAGGGUUUGUCCAGGUGGUGAGUAGGUUGGCUGGUUCCAGUUAUUCACUGUACAGAGCCUCUGCUUAGCCAGAGCAUGGGCUGUAGGGGCAGGGGAGAGACCCUGGCACUAUGUGGAAGGACAUAAUAAGGAUGGAAGCCCUUUGGCAGAACUGUGCAAGCUGGGCAAGAACAGUGUUCAACAAUGUUCAGGGCUUUUUUUUUCAUGCUCCCCUAUUUUGGGCUCAUAAGUGACAGUGCCAUCCUAGGAGAGCAGAAGGAUUCAGCUCAACUUCAGUAACAUGAAGGACCAAGGCACCUGAGAGGAAGUAUAACCUUUCUUUGCAUGAUGUGCUUAUUUGAGCAGUGGAAUAGCCUGAAACAGGAGCUUCCUCCAGGUUUUCCAAAAAGAUGGACAGCCAAGUUCUUGGCUUUGUGCUAGCAUAAAAGGAAACAUCUUGAAGUACCUGUCCUUUCUUUGCUUACACUAAUCUUGGUGAGGAGGAUGUUCUGUUGCAAAUGAGCCCUGUCCACCUGGAGAUUUUCCUCUUUCAAACAGAUUCAUUCCUAGAAGAUAAAGGAGACCUUUUUUUAGCAUGGACAUAGAGCAGCUGACACCUUUCAUGCUGGGCUGUGCACAGAGGUGCCAUGUGCUGGUGAAAGCACAGGGUACUCUGGUCACAGGCAGACAGGGUUGGAUCUGCCCAUCCCUCCACAUAGGGAAGUCUCCAUCAGCUCAGUGCAUGUGCCUCCUACAUCAAGUCAAGGGUCACAAGCUUGUACUUUACAGAGAGCUGAAGCCUUUGACUACCAGCUGGCAAAGAUGGUUCAAGUUGCGUUUAGAAGGAAACGAGUGAGGCACCAGAGAUGGCUUCUACAGAGGGGCGGUGGUACCACUGAAAUCAUGUCUCUGUGUAGGAGGUUCCCUGCCCCGAGAGCCAGAAUUUAGGGACUGCUUGGAAAGGGAUUCGACACUGAUUUUUGGGAGACAUCAGGGAUUCAGAUUCUGGUCUGGAAAGUGGAAUCUGUUUAUUCAAGGAGUGUGUUGUACUGUGACAUCAAUUUUCACAGUAAGUGGAGAAAGACUCCUGAACACAAGGAGCUUGGCCAUGUGGCUCUGGCAGUGAGAAGUGUGGAUAGGAAAGUAAUUUACCACCUCCCCUCAUACUACCCUCCACAGCCUCACACACAAUUCCUGCACCCCCUGGCACAUUCCCAUGCAUCUGCCAAGCAUUGCCUGCUGAGUGAGUGGUUGCAGGGCUGCUGUUCCACUCCACAGCUAUCCCAGACUGCAGCUGGGGCUGUUGGUACAUCUUGGCCCUCAUGCCUGACAGGAUGGAUCCGUGGCAUGAACUCCUUGUGUGCCCUGCUGUGCUGGUCCUGCCUGUGCAGUCCUUGCUGUCUCCUUGCAUGCCUCCCCUCAAAGGAGGGGCUCCCACUCCUUGUACUCUGCAAUGGCAUUCCCUCCUCUUCCUCACAAACUCUGCUGUGCUUUAAUGCUGGCUUGCUCCUGCCAUGCAUCUUCCUCACGUCCUGCUCCAUUCCUAGGCUCUGUGUUUCCUGUCCAUCUGUUGGGUUAUAAUUAUAUUUUUUUGUAAACUUCCGUUUGAACAUUUUGUCAUUGUGAACAAAGAAAAUGAAACCUUUUAAACAUAUCCAUUUUAUUAAAUGAUUAUUGUUAUUAUUAUUAAUGUUUACUACCUGAAUUGAUCAGUGAAAUAAAUACGUUCAAAAAUCCAA